GCGGCCCAACCCGCGACUCGCGACCGCUGACCUGUGACCCGCAACCGGUGACCCGUGACCGGGCCAGAUGGCGCCUCACUCGGGCCUGCGGCAGCGGCGCCGCUCCUGCGGCGUACAGUACCAGCCGCUGGACUGGGACGGCUCGCUGCCGUACGGUGGCAAGGUGUACCUGGCGCGCCGCAAAAAGGCCGACUCCUGGCUCUGCCUCGUGCUGCAGGUGUUGGCGGUGGCUGCCAGCGUCGCGCUCACCUACUGGUGUUACUACUACUUCGACCACUUUCACUUCCACGUGUCGAGGGCGUACGCGCACCUGGGCCACACAGAGGCCCAGCACGUGCUGGGCCAGCGCUACCUGCACGGCCGCGGAGUAGAAAAGGAUCACGAGCAGGCCAUGGCCUGGUUCCGCAAGGCGGCUGACGAUGGCCACCCGCACGCCUCCUACAACCUGGCCGUGGGCCACCUGCAGGGCCUGACCGACGUCCUCGAGCCCGGGGAAGCGCAGAAGAUGAUCAAGCAUGCAGCGGACAACGGCGUGGAGGAGGCGAUUGACAUGAUGCGGAGCUCGUGCGUCUGGGGCGACUGCGAAGAUGACUGACCGCCGACUGUGACGUCACGCGUCCGGGUCGACCGUGCUGGACGACCGCCGACCCGGUCCUUGUCCGGUUCGGCCAGCCGUCACCUGGCCAGGCUGGACCGUCGUCUGGUCAGGUCAGGUCAUCCUUCUGUCAGGUCAGGUCAUCCUUCUGUCAGGCCGUGUCAUUUCUCUGUCAGGCCGGGUCAUCCUUCUGUCAAGUCAUGUCAGCCCUGCCAGGCCAAGUCAUCCUUCUGUCAGGCUAGCUCAUUCUUCUGUCAGGUCAGGUCACUCUUCUGUCAGCUCGGGUCAUUCCUCUGUCAGGCCAGGUCAUUCCUCUGUCAGGCCGGGUCGUCCUUCUCUCAGGCCAGGUCAUCCUUCUGUCAUGCCUGGUCAUCCAUCUGUCAGACUGGGUCAUCGUCUGGAUAACAGGGGGCGAUGUCGAGCGCAGCAGCUCCGAGUAAAGCUGUCCCCGAGAUCAAGUGCCCUUUUCUUGUUGCAAUUUGUCAGAGCAGAAUCCAACCCCGUGAAUGCAUUCUGACAUCAGCUGUUGGACGGGUUGCCUACGUGGAGAUGCAGUUAGGUGGGAAAUGCAUGGCGGCCGACGGGCCGGCCCGUGUGAUCUUCGACGGUCCGUCUGAUUGUGCGGUGCGGUGUGAUCCCUGUGUGACUACGUCAUGGAGUCAUUAAUACCUCUGAAGUGGCCGUCGGGUGACAUGGUGAUAACAUCGGUUUUCAUCAGCUCUUAGCAGAAUGUGAUAGUGUUCGGUUAAGCUGCUGUAGCACCAAGCAGUGCCCGUUAUAAUACCCAGCGGUGGCCAGCGCUCGGCGUUAAAGUGCUCAGCGCUGCGGUGUUAUAAUACACUUC